ACACAACCUCGCCUCCCUGAAACGAAAUGCCAGUGGCUUCUCAGUGAACCCAAACCGACCUGAGGCCAUCCACCGCCGUCCCCUCCUGCUCACGCCGCCGCUGCAAUGGCUACGGCCAUCUCCGCCUCGGCGCUCCUCUCCUCCGCCUUCUCCGGCGCUAGGCGCCAACGCCGCGCGGCGAGGCCCGCGCCCCGCCGCGCCGCCCCUGCCGGCCUCACGGUGCGGUGCGAGCAGAGCGACAAGCAGAAGCGGCAGCCUCUCGCCGCGCUCGUCCCACGCGAGCAGCGCUUCAUGUUCGAGGGCGACGAGCUCUGCGGCCCCGACAUAUGGAACACUACAUGGUACCCUAAGGCUGCAGAUCACGUAACUACCGAGAAGACGUGGUAUGUUGUUGAUGCAGAGGACAAGAUUCUUGGCAGGAUGGCUUCUGCCAUUGCAGUGCAUAUGAGAGGGAAAAAUGAGCCCACAUACACUCCAAGUGUGGACAUGGGGGCUUUUGUUAUUGUGGUCAAUGCAGAGAAGGUAGCUGUUUCUGGUAAAAAGCGGUCACAAAAGCUCUAUAAAAGGCACUCUGGACGACCUGGUGGAAUGAAAGAAGAAACUUUUGAUCAGCUUCAGAAAAGGAUUCCAGAGAGAAUUAUCGAGCAUGCAGUGCGUGGCAUGCUUCCUAAGGGCAGGCUGGGGAGAAGACUAUUUACCCACCUCAAGGUGUACAAAGGAUCGGAACAUCCUCAUAUAGCUCAAAAGCCGAUUCCCCUGCCUAUCAGAGACAAAAGAAUUAUGAAGUCUACCUAGAGAAUCCCUGGACGUUGAAAAAGAUACGGCAACCUGGCAUCAAUGCCUCCUCUGAAGAUAUUGCCCAGUGCUAGGAAUGUGACUCGAACAUUCAUGUCAUCUGCCAAAGAAUGGUGUGUAAUUUUUUGUAAUGUAAUUUGUUUUUCCAACUGGGCUAGACCCCGCUUUCCAUUAAAUGCUCAACGGAAAUACAAGAUUCUUGACUUA